UUAUUGUCUGUGGUUGUUUUGUUGCGUCACUUCAUUGUCGUGUCAGUCUUAUUUAUUUGUAAAUUUCUGGAUUUGUACAUGUUUAAGAGCUGGAUUUUCAUAAUUUAAAGUUCAACAAAUCAAGUCGGAAACCACGGCGUCGAAAAAAACUGACGAAACUGCUCUUACGGAAGCAGAGAAUCGAUACAAGAUGCCAGCAGCCAGCUUUGGUUCUUUAGCACAGUUGUCCGCCAAUGGAGAUUGCGGCAUCAAAGAUGUUUGGAAUCAUAACCUUCAUGAGGAAUUUGAGAUCAUUAGACAGGUUGUUCAAAAGUAUCAUUGGGUGGCCAUGGACACAGAGUUUCCUGGAGUAGUGGCAAGACCGAUUGGCGAAUUUAGAUCCACAGCUGAUUAUCAAUAUCAACUUCUGAGAUGUAAUGUUGAUCUAUUGAGAAUCAUUCAAUUAGGUCUUACAUUUAUGGAUGAGAAUGGUAAAACACCUCCAGGGAUCACCACAUGGCAGUUCAACUUCAAAUUUAACUUACAGGAAGAUAUGUAUGCCCAGGACUCCAUUGAUUUACUACAGAAUUCAGGUCUACAAUUUCGAAAGCAUGAAGAAGAUGGCAUAGAACCAUUGGAAUUUGCAGAACUACUGAUGUCAUCAGGACUUGUACUAAUUGACAACAUUAAAUGGUUGAGUUUCCACUCUGGAUAUGAUUUUGGUUACCUAUUGAAACUACUUACUGAUCAAAACCUCCCACAAGAUGAAAAUGAUUUCUUCGAAAGCUUACGACUCUAUUUUCCAACAGUCUAUGAUGUGAAGUACCUAAUGAAAUUGUGCAAGAACUUGAAAGGUGGUCUGCAGGAGGUGGCUGAUCAACUUGAACUGCGACGUGUCGGUCCACAACAUCAGGCAGGAUCUGAUUCUCAUCUGACCGGAAUGGCAUUCUUUAAAAUUAAAGAGAUAUUUUUUGAUGACAACAUUGAAAGUUCAAGUGGUCACUUGUACGGUCUAGGUGCCCCAUUCUCUGUGAAUGUGAACAACUUCCAAGACAACGGAGAGAAUGGUAACUCCUCUUGAUCCGGGGACUCUGUGUGUGCGAACAGGCAGACGCCGCAGCCGCGCUUGUUCCACCUAAAGGAGUGAUUCAGCAAUCACCUUUGUGCAGUGUACAUAACUAUGAACAAAUAGACAUUUAUCAUCAGGUUUUCAUCAGAAAUUGCUCCAAGUUUGUAUGUUGUACCAAUACCUUAUUUACUCUGACUAUAAUGAGUCGAACCUACAUGUUUUGGUAUUAGAAAUAGUGCAAGGAAACUAAUGUUUUUAUUUUUAUACUAUGUUAGCAUGUACAUAGCUAGAUGAUCUGUUUAAUUUAGGGUUUCAUUAGAGAAUUAUCACUAAAAAGUACCGCAUCGUGACGUCACAAUAUGCACGUAACACAAAAGUUCUACUAAACUUGCAUCCAAGACUAUGCUGAUACUGCUUUAAUUUAGAUUAAACAAUAUUUUUUUAAUUAACUUACAUGUUGGUGUGACUCAAUAUCACAGAGUUGAGAGUGUUGUGUAAUAAAGUUACAAUUAGUGUACCUGAAUUAAAAUGAAUUGAUCUUUAUUAAUAUUUUGAUACUAAUAGUAACUUUAGAUGUGUUUUAAUUCCUAUUGAAUUUAUCUAAGAUCAAAUUAAAAGUGUUAUAAAAUUGAUAGUCAUAAAAUUUUUAUUCUAAAUUGUAAAUAGACUCAUAAUCAUCUUGAAUCUUUAUUAUGUGGUCCUUUUUUUGAUUUGACAAUGAUAUUUUAAUGAAUUUUAAUAAUGGAUUUAUGAUAAUGAACUAGUAUACGUAUUUGAUACAUAAUAAUAUAGUUUAAGUAACUUUCUUUUUUAGCCUGUACGAUUAUUUUUAUGGUCCUUUUAAGAAUACUUUGUAUCUAUUGGCUUAACAAAUAGCAAAGGUGAUAAAAGAAUUUUCCUAAA